AUGGCUUCAGAAGCGCCUUAUGAUCCCUAUAUACCUGCUGGCGGACAAGGCGGCGCACAGCCGGCCAGCAACCAGAGAACAGCUGCCCUGCAAGCGCGCACGCUAGCUGAGUUGAACGCUGUCAACUGCCACAGAUUCAUCGUUGAAAUGAUGGGAUCUUAUCCAAUCUCGACCCGCCAUCCUCAUCCUCUGGUUGGGCUGAAAGCUGACAUGUUCAUCUCACAGCAAAUCGAUGAUACCGUCGGUGUUAUGCGUGAGAAUAUCAACAAGGUAUCGCAAAGAGGCGAGCGACUAGACUCGCUGCAAGAUAAGACCGACAAUCUCGCCGUUUCCGCACAGGGUUUCCGCAGAGGGGCAAACCGAGUCCGAAAACAGAUGUGGUGGAAGGACAUGAAGAUGCGCAUGUGUUUGAUCGUCGGCAUCAUUGUGCUACUCAUUGUCAUUAUUGUCCCAGCAGUGGUCGCCACACGAUAA